AUGCGUUGCGAGUACGCGAAGCUCAAGACAUCGCAGCUGGAGACUUGGUGGGAAGGUGCUACGCCUGCUGAGCCCGCUACAGCGGUCAAUGGCAAGAAAGUUCUGGCGACUCCGAAAUGGGCCUACACAGAGGCUCUGGACAAGAUCAAUGGUACUGUGACGCAGGUUAUUGAGCCUGGACACGCCUUGAGCACCACCACGCUUGUGGACGACACUGCCUACCGAUUUCAGUUGGUCGCGAAUGAGAGUGAGGUUCCUGCGGUGAAAGCUCAGGCAAGAUAUGGCUUUGCGUUGAUGCUCGUUCUCAUGCUCUUCCCAAUCUUGACGACAUGCGCAACCUUCAUCCCGGGUGUACGACCCGUGAUCAACUGGGCAAGACUUCACCUUGUAUACCCGCCAUUGUUUGGAAGACGCCACAUGCAGCUGCAUCCCUGGUUCUUCGGCAACGUGCCAACUCUGGGCCAAAGCAUCUACAUCUUCCUCGGAUUCGCCUUGACAGUAAUCUUCAUGGGUCCUAGCUACAAGUUCGCUGGCUGGCCAAACUCCGUGGGCCCAAACGUCUACGACGCCGUACUCAACUGGGUCAUGCGACGCACCGGACUGCUUGGCUGCGCGAUACUCGCGGUUGUCUUCAUGUUCGCAGGAAGGAACAGUCCAGUGCUGUAUCUUAGCGAAUAG